GGCUGCAGGCGGCUUUGGCCUCAGACGGAGGUCAGAAUGACGAGAGUCUGCGGCGGGUGGAGAGAGGAUCCAGGAUCGUCACAGUGGUCCCGCAAGACACCAGAGUGAUUCUGCAGAUGCCUCGUGGGAACCUGGAGACGGUGCAUCAUCGAGCGCUGGUGUUGGCUCAGCUCAGGAGGUGGUUGGAUUGUUUGAGGUUCAGAGAUUCGUUCGAGUGUAUGAGGAAGCUGAGGAUCAACCUGAACCUCAUUUACGACCACAACCCAAAGGUUUUCCUGGAGAACAUAGAGACCUUCAUCACACAACUCAACUCCAUCAGCCACAUCAACCUCUUCCUCACCGAGCUCAAGGAGGAGGAUACGACCGGCACCAUGUACCCUCGCCAUGAGAGCGCCGCGGUCCAGACGCAGCCUGUUUCUGGGCAGAAGAAGGUGGAUGUGGUUUGCGAUGCUUUGCGGAGCGCCAUGGAAUCAAUGAACACGAACAAGUUCUUUCUGUCCGUACUGACGACUCACGUGAAGAAGACGGUUCCAGAGCUGGAGAUCGCUCUGCAGAAAGUCCACGAGCUCCGAGGUGAGCUCACCGACGACCUGCAGGAGUUUGUGAUGGAGAUAAACUGA